CAGGCGGCUCGUCUGUGGCUGCUGCUGGCUGCUGCAGGCGUGCUAUUUGCGGCAGCGGAGAUACCUCUGCGAAAUGCCUUUUGUAUGCCCGGCUGUGCUCUUUGGUCUGCUUUUGUCAGGGUCCGAUCACAGCGUUCGUAGCCAUGCUCUGCGGUGGAUUCAGCGGGCUGUCCUAGCUGACUGAGCCGCUCCAGCAGCGGUGGGUCCGGUGCGGUGCACAGCCGGGGAUGAGGCCUACUUGUUAAAGCUCCCCCACCACCCCUCCAUCGCGAUGGCUGAUGAUCAACAACAACCUGGUCAGAAGCCUGCCUCGGGAUUAGGCUCUCUUCCAGCGCUCGUGCCAGGACUCCAGGGAUCCGAGGCCAACGCGUUACAGUUCAAAAUAAAGAAUUCAAUUUGCAAAUCUGUACAAUCAAAAGUGGACGGCAUAUUGCAAGAUGUUGAGAAGUUUACAGACAUCGAAAAACUCUACCUCUACCUUAAGUUGCCUUCUGGUCCCAGCAGUGGCAAUGAUAAAAGAGAGGGGACCUCCACUCCAGGAUUAUGUGAUCAGAGUUCCAUGUCAUCGAGUCGCACUCAACAGAUGUAUGCGUUCAACUGGAUACGCAAUCACCUGGAGGAGCACCCAGAGACAUCCCUCCCAAAGCAAGAAGUGUAUGAUGAAUACAAGAGCUAUUGUGACAAUCUCGGCUACAAUCCACUGAGUGCUGCAGACUUUGGGAAGAUAAUGAAGAACGUCUUUCCGAACAUGAAGGCACGUCGACUGGGAAUGAGAGGCAAAUCCAAAUACUGUUAUAGCGGGUUAAGGAAGAAAGCUUUUGUUCACAUGCCAUCCCUACCCAACCUGGAUCUACAGAAAUCUGGUGACGGGUGCGAGCUGAUGGAGCCAACAGGCCAGUCUCCGAGCGCCGAGGACGAAAUGAGAUCUGCAGCCUGUGGACUGGUGUGCGAGUGGGCUCAGAAGGUCUUAAGUCGACAGUUUGACAGUGUGGAGGACUUGGCCCGCUUUCUUCUUAAUAGCCACUACAUUGGUACUAAGUCCAUGGCUGCACUUACUGUUAUGACUGGAACACCCACAGGGAUCAAGACUCCAACUCCAGCCUCUGCAUUUGUGCCCACUGCUGAAGCCAACUCAUUCCAGCCCCAGGUGAAGACCCUGCCCUCCCCGUCUGUUGAUGCAAAACAGCAACUGCAACGCAAAAUCCAGAAAAAGCAGCAGGAGCAGAAGCUUCACUCACCCCUGCCUUCAGGGGAGUCACAAGUCAAGCGUACAGAGGCCAGUACCCCCGGGCCCACUAUCCCCUGUGGCAGCCCAGCCCUGCUUUCCCCUCAGCCCACUAUAGGAAUCGUAGUAGCGGCUGUUCCGAGCCCGGUGACGGUACAGAGAAACAGGCAGUUGAUGACCUCACCUAGUCCUGUAGGGACCGCAGAAGGCAAAGUGUUGCCUGUGAAUUUUCAAGUUGUCACACAGUCUCUCAAACAAUCUCCCAAAACCCCACAAAACAUCCCUGCCAGUCCUGUCGGUGACCGCCUGGCACGACACGGCACACGGUACGCCCAAAUCCUGCCCAAGCCCUCCGCCACCAGUGCCAUCACACUGCGCUCUCCGCCGACGCUGCUGAUCACCAACAGCCCCAUAAAAACUGUGAUGCCCACUCCCCACGUCAGCUCGGUCAAUGUGGUGAAGAUGACAGCCAUCGCUUUGGCACCACCUAACAGCAGCAGUAACGGCAACAACACAACGGUGCGACCGGCCUCGGCUGGUGUGAGCGCCGCAGCCGUCUCCGAUGAUUCCCAGCAAUCGCAGAGUGCCGCCAUUCAGCCUUCUGUAGUCAGACCCGGUGCCACUACAUCAUCCGCUGGCCUUUCCUCUGACACCAAAGGCGUGUCUGAAGUCGGAAGUGACAAUAACUCCAUAUCCGUUGCGGAGAAGCAUGCUGUCGCAGCAAAAGAGGAACGACUGACUAAAUUCCGAGCUGUCAGCGAACCAACUUUCCUCGUUAAGUGUCCUCCUGGAGUAGACAAAGGGAUUCGGAUAAAACACGACGCCAUAUCCUCUCCCACCUCCAUAUCUGUAAUUGGAACUCUAGACAGCAAUAACAGUAACUGCCAUGACAGUACUUUGUACUUGACUGUUGAUAAUCACAACUCCAACGGAAACGCAUCCUCUCACGGCUCUGCUGCGGUGAUCCACACAUCGAGUGACCCCUGCUCGGACGCCAAGAGCCCCAGGAAGCGCACAGCCGCAGAAUCCCACGCUAUUCCUGUGAAGAGAGUGUUCAUUUCACAACAGCCACUCGCCACAAUUGACAAUCCCAAACCUGGGGUGGGUGCUGCAGUGAAGAAGAUUCCCAGACCAGGAACCCCCGCCAGACCAGAGAGUGCCCCCUGCAAAGGGACAGCAAAACACACACCGGUAGGGCCCACACAGAUCCUUGCACUCACCGACACACCUAUCGCUCACACAGAGGGAACGCAGACUGUUGUCAAACAGCAAAGCAUGAUGGUGAAACAUGAAGAUCACUCCAUCAGCACUGACAACAACGCGUCUGAUCAGGCGUUGCUGCAGCAGAUCACCGGGGACUCCCGUGCCAUACCAACCAACUCAGGACCACACGAAGCCUCUUCAAUGAGGGAUUUAAAGAGCACAAUAUGGGAGACACAGCAAAUACCAGCAGAACACAAGCAACCCCCUCCUGACCAAAUUUCUAUGAUAACUCAACCUUCUGAGGCCUCCCGUCAGCUCACCCUCACGCAGGAGAUGGUUGACUUUUCAGGCACGCAGACUAGCAUGGAGUACUUCCCGUUCAACGAUGAGGACAUGACCCAAGACAGCAUAGUGGAGGAGCUGGUCCAAAUGGAGGAGCAGAUGAAGCUGAAAGGUCUUUUUGGUAAUUGUGGCGACAUCUCCCUGCAAGGCCAGUCAACCAACAAUCAAGGCUCCAUCCUCGGUGCACACCAGGCCAAUACUACCUUCUACCACUCUGCUCACAGCAGCACCACACCUGUUCAGACUCCCACUCCGACACCAACCCCGACACCCACUCCCACUUCUGAAAUGACACUCGCACACAGCCUGACCAGAGAGAGCCCGUGCUCCCGUAUGGCCCCGGUCACCCCGGUGGACGGAGCCAUGGGCCGCCACACCCCCAUCAGCACACCGCUUUCUAACUGCAGCAGCAGCGUACCCCCGAGUCCGGUGGAGUGCCGGAACCCGUUUGCCUUCACUCCCAUUAACUCGAGCAUCACGGGGUAUCACGACGCGAGUAUCGUCUCCAGCAGCCCUGUGAAGCCCAUGCAAAGACCCAUGGCAACACACCCCGACAAGGCCAAGCUGGAAUGGAUCAACAACCGCUACAACAGCAACUCUGCAGGCCCGCUGUCCAACCACAGCAUCAGUAUUCUGCCCAGCUACCAAGAUCUGGUCGAUGAUCAGUUCCGUAAACCACAUGCAUUCGCUAUUCCCGGCCAGUCGUUUCAGUCUCAGUCAAGACAGGAUGCAGCGGUUUUGGGCCGCUUAACUCCCAUUUCUCCUGUGCAGCAACAGCUGGUUACAAGUGUUACUACUCCCACUAAAGAGGAGAGCUUUGCUGUGCCCGCACCGUUAGAUAACAAGGCCUCUGCCUCGUCCACAUCCAGUACUUUCCGUUGCCGUAGUGUUAGCCCAGCAGUCCGACAGCGAAACUUCAGUGGCAACACCGCUUCCCAGGCCACCACCACCAGUACAACAAUGACAACCCGAGCUGUAGUCUCGCCCUUUAACUCCCCCAUCACCUCGGAGGUGCUCAACAUCCUGUCCAACAGCCAGACCGUCGGCUCUGUGCACAGCAUGGUCCAGCGUAGCCAGUCUGUGCCUCUGAACAUCAUGAUGCAAAGUGAGAUGCUUCCCGUGCAGACGCAGAGCAACACCACCAAGAUCACAAAUGUACUUCUCAGCAAGAUGGACGCAGAGGGAGACGAUUCAGUCCGCGGUCUGGGUAUAAACAACCUCCCCUCUAACUACACAGCUCGCAUGAAUCUCACGCAGAUCCUGGAGACUACUCCUGGGUUUGCGGGAGGAACCGCUCACCAGACUUCGCUGCCCGUCAGCUCCAGUCCUGCUGCCUUCGAGCUCCAGCAGCAUGGCUACCUCACCACUGGCAGUGGAGAGCAGGUGAGCUUCUCUACUGACGACAGCCAAGCACAAGCGGGUCCCGGCGAACAAGACCAGCAGCAGCUCCAGCAGGAUCCCGUGCAGACACAACCACAACUCCUCCUCCAGAGCACACAGCAGCAGGAGGCGGAGGACGAACAACAGCAGCUCAACUUCAACAACACUGUCAAGGACUUGCUGGGGGAGGAUGGCCUCAACCCCAGCUCUCAGUUGGUAGGCCAGGUAGCUUCGGAGCUCAACGCUGUGGCAUCAGACUUCUCAAAUGAAAUCAGACUGACCUCAGAUCUGUCCAGUAGCAUCACUGACCUUAAUACUCUGGACACCAACCUGCUGUUUGAUCCCAAUCAGCAGCAGGAACAAUAUGAAGACUCUACACUGGAAGAACUGAAGAACGACCCGCUUUUUCAGCAGAUAUGCAGUGAUACUGUGAACUCUGGUUUUGACUGGCUAGAAAGCAAAGACCAGCCGACUACAGUAGAGAUGCUGGGCUAACGUUAUGUUUUAUUCUGUAUAAUUUCUGUCCUCUGUUGUGUGGUGCAUAUGUAGUAUAUCCGUUUUAAAUCAUAGUUCGUUGGGAUUUGUCUGGACUUUGCCAUUCGUUCAGUUCAAAGUGCCAGGCUACCAGAAAAAUCUCUCCUUACUGACGUUUCAGUAUUCCUCUCCUUCCUCAUUUGUCAUCCAGGGUCUCAGCAUUUAACCACUGUUCUCCCUCAUCCGAAACAGAAAUGUAAGCAUUUCAGGCAGGAGGCUGGUGUUUAUUAAUGCAAUAUUUAUAGUUCACGAACAAUUAAAAGGUGGGGUGGUUAGGAAAUCUGGCACAAAAGACUUCACCAAAUGCUGUUGUUGUGCACUAUUUACACUCUGUGCAGUUCAACCAAAUGGAGACAGUAUUGUAAAUGCACAUAGUAGUCGUAGUACGUUUGCCUGCCAUAUCUAAAUAUUCAAAAGGGCGGCAUCUUGAGCUGCCAGGUGCUGAAUUUAUGACAUAAUCUUUAUAUUUUAUCAUAUGCUUAAUCAGUGGGAAACUGAUUCACAUCUGAGCGUUGUACAUGAGCGACAUUUUCUUAAAACCUGUACUUCUUGUACUCUUUAAUAUCUUAUAAAGGGAGUAGAUGAGUCAGCAGGGAGAAGAUGGAGAUUCAGGCCACUUUAUGGACGAUACAUUGAAAGGAAUCAACAACUGGCUGCCUUAUUUCCAAAGUCCAGGGCCUUAUGCCAUCUUUGAAAAGACUGUGUACACUAUGAUGUUAAAAUAUCUACAGAACCAUCCAGAGCUUCAUCCGACCAAGGCAGCUGUUACUCUGAUACUUUCAGUAGUAUUUCUUAUUCAGUUUUGUUUCUUUUUUUUUUCUUUCGUGUGUUGCAGUGUUAAACUAUGGAUGGAACUUGUAUAGGCUAACUAUUAGGGUAGGUGUGUCCCGAUCCUCGGUGGAUUCGGACGAUUUGCUAUGCUGUUAUUUCACACAAAAAAAGGCACAUUUUCAGUCUCGACAUUUUUCCAGUUGUUUUGAAAAUGCUGCAUUCCCAACUUGGAUCGUGGUGGUAUGGAGAACCGUUCGCUACCCAGAAGGCCGAGUCAUCUGGAGGUGAUGUUAGUAGAGGUCCGGCCUCGUGUCCAUACCAAAGACGAUCAAUUUGAGAUUAUCACACACAGACAGAAAAACUCCAAGUAACCAUUCGCGACAACGGGAAGCAGGCAGCCACACGGAUAGUUCUAUCGCAUUUGAGGAAAAGAAUUUAGUUGAGUAAAAUCUUAUGUACAGUUUGUAAAUUUGUGAAAAGGUCACCGUCCUAUGUUUUAUAGGCAACCAUGGACCUGAAAGCAUGUUGAAACCAUCACUGCUAGCCAGGUAGGCUCUGUGAUACAGUAGGACGCUUGCUUGAGUUUUUGGCUAUUGUCAAUGUUGUACAAGUCAUGUUUAAGCUCCAUCUGUAAAUAGGAUAGAUACAUAGAGAUUUGAUGUAUCAAGACACUAUAUUAUGGCCAUUAUUCUAGCUAAGUAUGUGCCAUUUUAAAAAAGAAAAAAAGGCUCAACAGAUUUAUAGUUGGAAAGAUAAUGUAUGUUGUGUGUUACAUUUCUGGCUCUGUGUUGUAACAGUAAUGCUGUCUGGUCUUGCUUGCUGAUUUUAUUUGAAGUUUAUUUUUUGUUUUUUACGUUUUUUAAAGGUAAUGGGGCUCUGCUGUUGCAGAAGUGGUGUGUGCUUUGAGCAGGAUCAAUAGCAUGAUGUAUUGAAAAAAAAACUUGUGAUACUGUUAGCUGGUUGCAGACAUUUCUGUGACGGACAUUGUGCUCGGAGUUUUUCAGCAGACACUGGAAAAAAAACAAAAAAAAAAAACAACUUGUGUUUCAACAAAGUUUGGAGGUUCACGUUAUUGCACUAAAUUUUUACGACACAUGGCUUUGCCACAUCUUUCUGAAGAAAAAAAGAAAAGAUGGAUGCCCGCAUAAAAAAAGAAGAAAGAAACAUUUUUUGACAAGAUGAGUACAGAAAUUAAUGGACUGUCAGAAAAUGAAUAAUUGUCUUGUAGCAAAAUGUGCUUUAAUCUCAGUGAGAUACACAUUUCUUACUCAUUCUCAUACAUGAGAAUACAAAGCAUUGAGGGAAAAAAAAGUUAAAUAACCUUUUAAAACCUACAUGCUCAUUAUGUUGAUAAAUGAUUGUACGCACGCAUGUGUGAUCACUUCUGUUGUGUUUUGCAUUCUUGGUAACCACUGUCUUUUGUGAUUUGGGCAGGUUCUGUUAACCAGACUGGCAGUGCUAGUUCCAUUUAUGACAUAACCUUGGUUUUGUGCUGUUUACUAAGUUAAUGUUAUUCUAUAUGUUUUGUUGACUACAGGUUUUUUGAUGAUUUCUUAUUCUGCAACAAGCAUUUGUGAAGAUAUUGAAUAUUUACUCACUUUUUUUAACAACAUGGCACUGAUAUUUGAAUUUGACUGAAGGAAAUGCACCUCCUUAUGAUUACAGAAACUCCAUCAAGCAGUGACUCUGAUUCUUAACCUUUUACUGAUCCAAAUCUGUAUGACUAUGUUGUCCAUUUUUACUAUAAGAAAAAAAAGAAGAAAACCCUCCUUCUGUGAUGUUGUCUGGUGUUCUGCUUAAUGUACAGUAGCUUGUUAAUAUUGCAAAUGCAUUGUUUCUUUUUUCAAUGGAAAGUACUCACUGGUGAGAUUUUUAAAGUGGUUUUAAAAGCCAAUAAACCUUUUUUUAAGGAA